UCUUGUCCGGGGCUGGAGGGCUGCGAAGAAGGGGCGCUGCGCAAGUCCCCCGAGCAGCCAUGGGGGCUGCAGCCCGAGUGGCGGUGCUCCCAGGCCCACCGUUCUGAACAGGAGCAUCGUGCAAGGGAGGUGCGGGAGAUUGCGAUUGCGUUGGCUCGAGCUGCCUUCCCGAGAGGAGAAGAGAAGAGGCACCGAGCUCGCUCGCUCGCUCGCUCUACUCCGAACCCACAUUUCCAGAAACUAAGGACUUCUAAUCCCGGUUCUUACUUAGCAGACUUUAUCCUUUGUGGUGUCUUAGCACAUGGAUUUCAGGACUGCCUGUGAGGAGACAAAGACAGGGAUUUGUUUGCUGCAGGAUGGUAAUCAGGAGCCUUUCAAAGUCCGGCUGCAUCUAGCCAAAGAUAUUUUGAUGAUCCAAGAACAGGAUGUGAUUUGUGUGUCUGGUGAGCCUUUCUAUUCUGGUGAAAGAACAGUGACUAUUAGAAGACAAACUGUAGGCGGAUUUGGAUUAAGCAUAAAGGGAGGAGCUGAACAUAACAUACCAGUUGUCAUCUCAAAAAUAUCUAAGGAGCAAAGAGUGGAACUUUCUGGACUCCUCUUUAUUGGAGAUGCAAUUCUACAGAUAAAUGGAAUAAAUGUAAGAAAAUGCAAACAUGAAGAAGUGGUUCAGGUUCUUCGCAAUGCUGGUGAAGAAGUAACACUCACAGUGUCAUUUCUAAAAAGAGCACCUGCUUUCCUCAAACUCCCACUGAAUGAAGAUUGUUCAUGUGCUCCAAGUGACCAGAGCAGCCGUACUUCCUCCCCUCUCUGUGACAGUGGCUUACAUCUCAACUAUCAUCCCAAUAAUACAGACACAUUAUCAUGUUCUUCCUGGCCAACAUCUCCGGGUUUGAGAUGGGAAAAGAGAUGGUGUGACCUUAGACUCAUUCCUCUACUUCAUUCACGUUUCUCUCAGUAUUUACCUGGGACAGAUUUGAGUAGGCAGAAUGCUUUUCAAGUAAUUGCUGUGGAUGGAGUAUGCAGUGGAAUUAUUCUGUGCCUCUCUGCCGAAGAUUGUCUUGACUGGCUACAAGCAAUAGCAACUAAUAUUUCAAGCCUCACAAAGCACAAUAUUAAAAAAAUCAACAGAAACUUUCCAGUAAACCAACAGAUAGUUUAUAUGGGCUGGUGUGAAAUACGGGAGCAGGAUCCCCUUCAAGAUCGCAUGUAUUCACCUGUAUUUCUAGCCCUUAGAGGCUCAUGUCUUUACAAAUUCUUAGCACCUCCAGUAACCACCUGGGACUGGACCCGAGCAGAGAAAACAUUUUCAGUCUAUGAAAUUAUGUGCAAGAUUCUCAAGGACAGUGAUCUGCUGGACCGGCGGAAACACUGUUUCACUGUGCAGUCUGAGUCUGGGGAAGAUCUCUACUUCUCUGUGGAACUGGAGUGUGACCUUGCCCAGUGGGAAAGAGCCUUUCAAACAGCGGCGUUCUUAGAAGUGGAGCGGAUACAGUGUAAGACAUAUGCAUGUGUGCUAGAAAGUCAUCUCAUGGGACUCACGAUCGACUUUAGUACAGGAUUUAUCUGCUUUGAUGCUGCAACAAAGGCUGUGCUUUGGAGGUAUAAAUUUUCUCAGCUUAAAGGUUCUUCAGAUGAUGGCAAGAGCAAAAUCAAAUUUUUAUUCCAGAAUACAGAUACUAAACAGAUUGAAGCAAAGGAACUGGAAUUUUCUAAUCUAUUUGCUGUUCUUCACUGCAUUCAUUCGUUCUUUGCUGCCAAAGUAGCCUGUUUAGAUCCUCUUUUUCUAGGAAAUCAGGCUGCUACUGCUGCUGCUGCUGCUGCUGCUGCUCCAACCAGCUCUGCCACUCUAAGCAAAACUAAGUACACGACUUGAAAUUGGUUGCCACUUACCAGGACUAUAGAAACAGAAUAAACAGUCAACAUUUCAGACCCUCAAGAAACCCUAUAAGGAAGUGCAAUAGAAAUUUCAGCAGCUUCAAUAUUGUAAUAAAAUCUCUAAAGUAUUUCCUAGAGACAUCAAUGAAUCAUCAUAAUUAUGUGACCAGAACAGCUUCAUCUGUACCACUACCCUGCUUCAAUCAGAUUGGAGGUAGAAUGAAUCAUUCAUGUAUAUUAUUAAAAACCUACCUAUAAAAAAUGCCAAGUAAAUGGUUAUUUCUGUGUUUUUGAUUAUUUUGUAUGACAAACACGUUUAGCCAGAUCAUGAACUA